AUGACUACACAUCAUACAAUAAAAUUGACCAUUAAAACGGCCCUCAAAACUUCACGAAACAUGCACAACAAUGAACUGAAGAAAAGUGGAGCAGAGAAAACCUUUGAUGUCUUAGAUCACAGCCGAACAUCUUUGAAAGAAGCAAUGAAUGAAAUGUUUAUGAAAUCCUCUUACGCUUUAUUACGCAAUUUCCAUCUUAACAAAGACAAUUGCAUCCAACUGAUAAUGGAAACAUUUGAAGCUGUGACAUUGACUAAUAUUUCAUCUGAUAAAUUGAAUAACAUCCUUAAACAGUUUACAAGAAUUAUUUAA